UGUGAAGAUUUGUAAUCAAUGUAAUCAUUAUUGUUUUGGGAGCCACGAGGACCGGUGCCUUAAAGAAAACAACUAGCUAGGUUCAUUUUGCGAUUUGCGACUACCUACAUAAAAAGUAACCGACUUCAUUUGAAUCUCGAAGGUUCUUCAGCAUAUCAAGAUGACUCUGGGGCCGUACAACAGACACCAAUCCGAUAGGAAAAAGCAAGCAGCCUUGGCCGCGGCAUUCCCUCAAGGCAUCAAAUGCCAGAAGUGCCUUGAGUUCGGUCACUGGAGCUACGAGUGCAAAGGAAAACGCAAGAUUCUGGUUCGCCCGUCGCGGACCCAGGUCCUCAAGAAAAACUUGAAGGCUAAGGAAGCUAAAGAGGAACCACAGUGCAGUGGUGGUAGUUGUAAACUUGCAAGCAAGAAAAAGAAGCGCAAUGACUCCAGCUGCUCCGACUGCUCUGGCAGCUCCUCCGACAACUCCAACUCCUCAAGCUCCAGCUCAAGUUCUUCAGACAGUGAGAGCAGCAGCGACUCCGAGAGUGACAGCGACAGCAGCAACUCAUGCUCGGGGAGUGAUGCAUAAAUAAGCUCAUGGUAAUUGUAGGACCUUCUCACAGUAAAGUUUUUAUUAGCAUUAAAUUUCGUAAUCGGGUUAGAAGGUGUGCAGUGUCAAUUUUCUGUAGGUUAUCGAGCUUUCUAUGCCAAACUGAUAGAUAUCUGUAUUAUCUUGACUUUAUCUUGAGACAAUGGAAGUUAGCCACUUGUUUUUGGUGUUUUAAGUUAUGAAAUCAAGGGUCAAAUUGUAGAGAACAGAAAUUAACUGCGAUAGAAGCCCUUGUAAUGUUCCAUAUUAUAACUACCCCCUACUUUGCUUAUGUUUUAAAGUAAUGUGAAGCUUUACACUACCACACACAUUUACUGUGAGACAGGUUUAGAAGCAGUAACAAUGCUGGUCAUUUUAUUUAAAAAGAUUAUUUUUUGUAUAAAAGUGGUUUAGACAAUUCAUUUUGCUGGCAACAUCCUUCUGAGAUUGUGUUGUUUUGUUUGUUUCACCAGCCAGUGCUAUAAUUGAAGAGAACCUUCCUACCUAAAUCAAAUAUCGUUAUCUGCCUCUGUAUUACUCUUGCAUAUUCGAGUGAUGUAGAGGCACGAUAAUGAUUUUUGGAUGUUAGCGGUUGGCCCUUUGGGCAACAUUCGUACCAGUAAUCUUCGGACCUGGCUUGCCAGUAACUGGUAGUCUAAAUCCACUUAACUUGAUAGAUAACUUUUUGUGUGAUUUGAUUUUUAUUUAAUUCUUUACAAUGCUAGACUUAGGAUUUAUGAAUGUGUAGUUUCUUACUUGUGAUGUCUGUUACCUAAUUGCUAAUAAACAAUUAAAUUGUAACUUCAGUGAGUGAGUUAGUGUAAUGAAGAUAUUGUUGAAACAUUGUAAUUUGUUUAUUGGUGAUGAGGGUAAUUUUAUAAAAAGGAUUUUAACUUAUUAGAGUAAGAUUAGUGAAGAUACUAUUGUUUAGGUCACCUGAGAUAUUUGCAUGGGUAAUUUUGAGUUUUUGAUUAGGUCUAAGACCAAACGGUUUAGAUAAUUGAACAAAACACGAGUCCAUGGUCUAUAGAAUUACCCAUGUCAAUUUGUAGAUUGAUUUAUAGCAGUUUAUCUGGUGGAGAUCUAUGCGGGCGUAGGAUAUGAUAUAAUAAAAAUAUAAUCUUAUUUUCUGUGUUAUUCUGUACCUAUUGAACUAAGUUUAGAUUUUACAAUAUUACUCAUGACAUGUAAUGUUAGUGUACUAUUGUUUCCAUGCUUUGUACUAUACUUGCAUUGACGUAAGAUAGCAGUAGUAACAACACAGUAGAGUACAUGUUUAGAAUAUCUGUAUGUAUGCAUAUUUUAUAAGACUUGUAUGAUCAAAUAAAUGUCUUCAAGUUAGCAUUACGACUACAUUUUAAUUUCGUUUCUAUAGUCAACUCAUGAAUUUUGAUAAAAAAGUAAAUUAAAUAAUUGAUGGAUGA